AUGUCUCCUUGGAGUAGAAGCAGUACUCCCCCGCCGAAGUCUCCUCUCCAGAAGCCCAAAGAGGAUCCUCCCGCUCUGAAGCAAUCCAGCGGCCUCGACCAUACCAUCAGUCUCAGACCUUCCCCUAGUCUUCGCAGAUAUCCGAAGGAUUGUCCCCCUCUCAAGACGAGAUGGUUCUAUGCGGUCGAUGUGGCCAAGCGGAAGCCCUUCGCCGCCGAAUCAAGUCCCGAAGACAAGAACAAGCCACCACCGGUUCCCAAGAAAUUCGUACCAUUUUCAUCGACGGAUUCACAAGCCAUUGAAAAGGCAUACCAGUCACUAGAUGAUGAGAAUCGAAGUCAAGCUGAUAGUCUCGGAAUCAGCGGCACCAAAGUCCCAGUCAACGAGGAUUUCUUGUUCGAUGUCCACAUUGAAAAACGUGAGCUAGAACCAGCUUAUUGGCUAGGUCCGGUGUAUGAGAUCCGCAGAGGCAGUUGGUUUUACGCAGAUAGCUCACCUCUCAAACCUUGCGAUGAAAAUCUUGCCAAUCAACUCGAGGAAGGGUAUUUAAAGCUUGCACCAUGGAGGAAAGCAAGCAUCAUAUCUCCUCGUUCAACAUCGCAGCCGAGAAGUCGACCCGACUCAGUGGUAAUGGAUGGGUCAUCGGGUCGGUCACCGGGCAACGCACCUCCCUCCCAAGAUGACAGCCAGUCUUCUGCUCCCAACACCUACCGACUCUUCGGAGCUCAUAUGAACACGACUGUCACUUAUCAAGAUGCGACUGUAGCCUAUCUAUCAUCUGACGACUUUAUUUCUCGUAUGAGCAGCACCGUCUAUGGCAGAUUUGUUGGCUAUGGAGGUACCAAGAUUGUUCGAGGCUGGUCAGAUGCCAAGCCCGCCGACCCCAAAGCAGACUCAAAGACCGAUCCAAAAGCUGCCGAAGCAACAAGCGCAAAGGAGAAGCGCAAGUCUGCCAAAAUAAACCCAGAAACUGCCGCCGCCACUACAGAUCAAAUAAAUGAUCAGCCAAAGGCUAAGGACAAGGUUGACAAACCUCGACGAUCAGCGUUGGAACGUCAAAUCUCAUCCUUGGCAGGGAUGUCAGACUCUCACGACUCUGAAAACCUGGGAGAGGAAGAAGCAAGAGAGCAGGAAGAAAAGGAAAUGGAAGAUGCCCGAGAAAAAUACGGCGACGAACAGGCCAGGCAGAUUGACCACUUGGUUUUGGUUACGCAUGGCAUUGGUCAACGACUUGGUCUCCGCCUCGACAGCAUCAAUUUCAUUCACGAUGUCAACACUCUACGAAAGACCAUGAAGGCCGUUUAUAAAACCGCCCCGGACCUACAAGCAUUGAGUGGCGACCCGAAAAAUUGCAGAGUCCAAGUUCUCCCAAUCUGUUGGCGACAUUUGCUCGACUUUCCGAAGCAAAGUCUCAAGCAGAAUCGUAAGGAAUUGGAUCUCGGAGACGCGGAUGCAGAGUUCGACGAUGAGUACCCUUCUUUGCAGGACAUCACGGUGGAAGGAGUGCCGGCCGUGCGGAAUCUCAUCACAGAUCUGGCCAUGGAUGUCCUCCUCUACCAGAGUGCGUAUAGAGAACACAUCGCCUCUAUUGUACAGAAGGAGUCGAACAGAGUCUAUCAGCUCUUCAAAGAACGAACAGGCUUUUCUGGCAAGGUCAGUUUUUGUGGUCAUUCCCUUGGCAGUGCCAUUAUCUUCGACAUUCUCUGCCGACAAGAAGAGGAGAUGAAGACAAGGCCUCGCCGAGUAUCCAGCAAGACUUCACGAGAGCCUGCUCUGGAGGGGGAAGAUCUUCGCCUCGACUUCGACGUGGAGAACUUCUUCUGUCUUGGCUCGCCCAUCGCUCUGUUCCAAAUGCUCAAGGGAAGGACCAUUGCUGGCCGCCAAUCUCUAGGUGCCAGCGCCCUCAGAGCGACCAUUGUUCCCACGUCACCAUUCGAUCCGGACCCGAUGAGGAAUGACCCAUUUGACAGUGCCGCAUUGAAAAUAAAAUCAGGUGUAAGCUCCAAAGAUUUAAUCCCUAUCACGACUUCGUCACCAAAAUGCAACGAGCUCUUCAACAUCUUCCACCCUACAGAUCCCAUUGCCUACCGCAUGGAGCCUCUGAUCUCCCCAGCAAUGGCACAGCUCAAGUCCCAGCCUCUCCCAUACACCCGGAAAGCCCUCUUUGGCGCGCCGGGCAUUGCCAACAUUUCAACCCGUGUCGGCCAACAGGUGAUGUCGAGCUGGUACAAUCUCACAUCUGGCGUGGCGUCUAGCCUGAUUAACAAAAGUCUGGGCAUCACCGGGGAUGAGCAGGCAUUACCUCAAGACAAAGGCAAAGCGACCACCACAGGUGGGACGUCCACUAAUCCCGGCGGCCAAGCAAAUUCCCCACAAAACAUGCCCGUCGCUGAUGAGAAGAGACAACAAGACCUGGCCGACGCAGCCAAAUCUCCUCCGACUACAGAACAGGCGUCGACACUCAUCGACUCUGAGCUUGAAACGCUGUACUCGGGCUUCCAGCAACGCCAACGAACGCAAUAUGCUGCCAGUGGUGAAGAUAACGAUGAGACCGCUGCCUCAAAAUCCGCAGAAUACCAACUCGUGCAGGAGCGUGCGCGGAAGCUGAAACGUGAGGAAGCCAAAGUACGUGCCUUGAAUAGCAAUGGUCGAGUGGAUUAUCAUAUUCAGGAGGGCAUGUUCGACGUGUCAUUGCUUGCAAGUAUCGCCAGCCAUUUGAGUUAUUGGGCAGAUGAGGACGUGAAUCAUUUCAUGAUUGGGCAAAUGUUGAAAACAAGAGGGAGGGAUAAGGAAAGGGAUCGCGUUGCAGCAUAG